GCACGUCUACACUCGACGCAAGUUGCACUCGUGCGCAAUGACCAUUGAUACAGGAUAUCUGCUCAUAUUCGAGGCAAUCUCCUGUUCUUAAAUCAAGCAUUCCAUAAUGCGCGCGCGCCCUCACUGGCACCGUUUGUCAAGAGUAGGUAUCGAGUCAUAACGCAACUCAAUACAGGAACGACUCGCAUUCCAGGCUUCUCGGCACAUGCGACCAUACGUCGGAGGUGGUCAUGUCGGGCCGUGAAGGCCAUUGCAAGCCGUUCCAGAGCCAUUCGUAUGGAAAGGAACGCAUGCUAUCUCAGCCAGGAGUCUCAGCUGAUAGCGAGCGCAACCCUAUACAUAUACCAACCUAAGACCUUAAGCUCCGUUCUCUUAGUCCUCCUCUUUCCUCCCUACCUUCCUCGAUCGCAUAUCAUCAUGACGGACGCAGAAGGCCAGAUCCACCAACCCAUCCACCCCGACAUCCUGAAGAAGCUCGAUCCUGAGUUCGCAGCCUUCCACACCGCGACCUCCCUCUACCAGGUCCCGCUCCAUCUCCUCCCCUGGGACCCCGCGGUCCGCAAGGGCAGCCCCGUCAACGGCGCCUCGGAGCCCCUGCCGGUCGGGAGCAUCAAGGAUAUCCCACUGGGCAAGUUCAGCGUACGGGUGUUCACCCCGGAGGGAUCUGCGCCUGAUGCGGGCUGGCCGGUACUCAUCUACUUCCACGGAGGUGGCUGGACAUUAGGCAACAUCAACACCGAGAAUGCAUUCUGUACCAACAUAUGCAAGCGCGCGAAAGCCGUCGUGGUCUCUGUCGACUACAGGCUCGCACCUGAGAACCCUUACCCCGCUGCGGUUGAAGAUGCCGUAGAAACCUUGCAGUGGGUCUAUGCCAACGGUAAAGCACAGCUGAACAUCGACACCACAAAGAUCGCCGUGGGCGGAUCGUCCAGUGGUGGUAACCUCGCAGCCGUUGUCGCCCACAAAGCAGUCCAAGCGGUGCCUCCGAUCCCCGUAUUCUUCCAGCUCUUGGUAGUUCCCGUCACCGACAAUACCGCCACGACGUCGGGCGUACCAUACAAGUCCUGGGCGGAGAACGCGAACACCGUGCAGCUGACCCCAGGCAGGAUGUUGUGGUUCCGGAACAACUACCUUCCAAACGAGAAAGAUCGCACCGCCUGGGAGAGCUCUCCCAUCUUCGCACCCGAAGAGUCGUUCAAGAAGCUGCCGAAAGCUUGGGUCGCCGUGAUGGACCUGGACGUGCUGCGGGACGAGGGCAUCGAGUACGCAAACAAGAUGAAGGCUGCAGGAGUAGACGUCGAGGUGAAGCUGUAUGAGACGGCGCCGCACCCUAUAUUGGCGAUGGAUGGUGAGUCCUCUUGCGUGUAGUCCAUGCCAAUGUUGACUGACAAUCGAUAUUGCGUCCCCUCAGGGUAAGCACAUUAACAGCUCAAGGCAGACAGUAUGACUGACCGUUCUGUGCAGAGUAUUGGAGAUUGGCAGGAGA